UUUUCUCAACUACUUCCCUGUAACCACAAGCUCUAAACUCGAGCCUCAUGUUGAUUACAUCUCGUCUUCUCAACUCAGGGAUAUUUUUAUUCCACCUGUUUGGAAACGCACGGAUGGGGGAAAUGAGCUCAAAAUUAAACAUUCCCAGUAAGGAAGGAAGCUUGUCAGGGAGAUCACAGAACAUGCCGGUCUCAGCCAAACACCAUGUCAACGGCAAUUCAAUGGUGGAACCGUUUCCAGAGGGAACCGAAAUGGCAACAUUUGGCAUGGGCUGCUUUUGGGGAGCAGAACGGAAAUUCUGGAAACAAAAGGGAGUCUAUUCAACUCAAGUGGGGUUUGCUGGUGGCCACACUCCCAACCCAACAUAUCAGGAGGUCUGCUCAGGACAGACCGGCCAUGCAGAAGUAGUACGUGUUGUAUAUCAGCCACAAAACAUCAGCUAUGAGAAGCUGCUAAAGGUCUUUUGGGAGAAUCAUAACCCGACACAAGGAAUGCGUCAGGGUAAUGACGUUGGAACGAUGUAUCGUUCUGCCAUCUACACCUACACGAAGGAACAGAUGGAGGCGGCUCUGAAAUCCAAAGAAGAUUACCAAAAGGAACUAACCAAGAAGGGUUUUGGGGAAAUUACUACGGAAAUCCGAGAAGAAACAAACUUUUACUACGCCGAAGAUUAUCAUCAGCAGUACCUCAGCAAGACGCCCAACGGUUACUGUGGUUUGGGUGGCACUGGUGUCUCCUGCCCUAUCGGAAUUGAAUAGCUCCUACCUAUACACAUGAAUUAGUGUCAGGUUGAGAGACCACUAGGAUCUGCAAUCCCUUACGGCAAACCCUGAUUUACUACAGUUUGUUCUUCUCUUAGAAAUACAAAUUCUAAAUGUUACAGAAAGAAUAUCUUAAUGCUUGCGAGAGGUCCUUUAUAUUCUUUUAUGUGCCAGACCUCAUUAUAGGGUGAUUUGAGAAAAAUGCCAUUAUAUUA